GAACUACUUACAAAUCCAAGUGUUAUUUUUCUUGAUGAACCAACAUCUGGUUUGGACAGUACAUCAGCUGUAUCAUUGAUAGAUGUUCUUCGUGAAUUAGCAAUAGCAGGUAAAACAGUUAUCACAUCUAUCCAUCAGCCAUCAUCACAAAUAUUUCAAUCAUUUGAUCAACUAAUUUUAUUAGCUGAUGGGAAAAAUAUUUUUAUGGGUAAACCAUCGAAUGCUCUUGAUUAUUUUGCAACAAUGGGUCAUCACUCACCUGAACAGUAUAAUCCAGCAGAUUAUGUGAUGGAUCUUGUCAAUCAAGAUAUGAAGAUUCGUGAAGAACUAAAAGAAGCAUACCUUCAGAAUCGAAUGAUCGAAGGUCAACCACGACCAUCGAACAUUGGAACUCAAUAUUUAGUAGCUGAACCAUCUGGAAAAGAAUCAGAUUUGACAAAUCCAGAUAAUGUAAAUUUGAUUCCAGAUAAACAUGAAGGAAAAUGGCCAAUAGGAUUUCUUGCACAAAUGUUAAUUCUCUUCUCACGUAGUUUUCGAUUAACUGGAAAAGCACAAUUUACAUUUCUCAAUUUUGCACAAGCAUUAAGUCUUGCUGUUAUCUGUGGUCUAUGUUGGUUACAAAUGGAUUAUACUGAAGAUACGAUACCUGAUCGAUCAUCAUUCAUAUUUUUUAUCAUGACAUUCUGGCCAUUUCAAACAUUAAUGAUGGGUUUAUUAUCCUUUCCCUUCGAACGUUCUGUGAUUGAUAAAGAACGAGCUAGUGGAUCAUUUCGUUUAUCAGCUUAUUUUAUUGGGAAAUCACUUGCUGAAGCACCAUUGAAAUUAGUUCUUCCAACAUGUUUUUUAAUAAUUGCUUAUUGGAUGGCAAGAAUUAAUAACAAUUUUGCAAUCUUUCUUGCCAUUUUAGUAUUUCAACUCUUAUCAAUUCUUGUCGCUGAAUCCGUUGGUUUGUUUUUGGGUGCAUCAUUCAGAAAUCUUCAUCAUGCAAUUACAGCUGCUACAGUUCUUCUUAUUACUUUGAUGUUGGUUGGUGGCUUUUUUAUCAAGAAUUUACCUCAUUGGUUAGAUGUAUGGACUCCAUGGUUAUCAUUAUUUAGAUAUGCUUACAGUGCAUGUAUUCGAUUACAAUUUAAAGGUGGACAAGUAUUUCGAUGUGUUGAUGGAUCUUAUGUUGAUGUGUGCCGAAAUAAUCCAAAUGGUACAUUUCAUGGUUCUGAUGCUCUUCGAUAUUUCACUAUUGGUCUUGAUAUCGGUUGGGAUUUUUUAAUUCUUUUCGGAAUGUUUAUAGCGUUUCGUCUAGGUGCAUAUUUUUCACUAAGAUUUAUCAGAAGUAACAGUGGUCGAACUUAA